AUGGCAGAAGAAGCUGAUAAAAAUGCGAGAGUGUACCUCCAAAGGUUUGAGAAAUUUCACGGCCCCUUAGAAGAUGAUCUAGGUGUGUUAAUAAAGAAAUUCGCUGAUAUAGGGGUAAAGAAAUUUUGGUUUACUGGUGAGGGACUACCAUUAUUUCCAAAUGUUUCUCCUCAACAAUUACAUGAGGUUUUCGUCAAAAAAUCAGCUAACAUUGAUCAGUGUCCAUGUCUAAAAUCAAAA